GGAUGACUCCUUAUUUACUAGUGUCACCUUCCUUCCGAAUUUCCGCCAAAAUUUGUGCUUACAAUUGCCCCACUCUGUACUUGGCUAUACAUUUACAUUUCUCAGGAACCCAAAUACAUUCUUUUGGACUUUUCAUCACAGAUUUGGGCUAGGCUACCAUGUCUCUCUUAACACAAUCCCAUCACAUAUUUCACCCAAAAAUUGCAUCUUUAUGCAUCUUCUGUUAGAAUUUCAGUGGAGGCGAUUAAGAAAAUGAUGGUGUACUGGAAGUCCUGGUUGCGGUCUCUGAAGAACAAGCAGAGUCUGUUGGUUUUGAAGUUGGGGCUCUCUGUUCUGGUGGUCAGUCUUGCUUUUAGGAUACUUUUUUCUGGAACCACUCCGAUUCUUCAAAUCCCUCAAACUACUCCGAUAUUUCUUGGUUACUCUUUGCCUUCACCAUUGCCUGUUCAUCUUCGUUUGCCCCAAACUGUUCAUCAUGAUUUCCCUCAAGAGAACACAGAGACGUGUGAUCUCUUUGUUGGAGAUUGGAUUCAUAAUCCAGAUGGUCCUUCUUACACUAAUGAGACAUGCAGUUUCAUUGGAGGCCAUCAAGAUUGUAUGAAGAAUGGUCGACCAGAUACCGAGUUUCUUUACUGGAGAUGGAAGCCACGUGAUUGCAACCUGCCUCGCUUCAAGCCAAAGAAGUUUCUUGAGUUAAUGAGGGACAAAACCUGGGCAUUAAUCGGUGAUUCAAUAUCCAGGAACCAUGUUCAAUCCAUUCUUUGCAUGCUCUCCAAGGUGGAACAACCUAUUGAAGUGUACCAUGAUGAGGAAUACAGAUCCAAAAGAUGGAUCUUCCCUGCUUUCAACUUCACUGUUUCAGUCAUUUGGUCCCCAUUUCUGGCAGAAGCCGCCAUUUUUGAGGACUACAAUGGGGUUUCCACGUCUGAAAUCGAGCUGCAUCUCGACAGGCUUGACAGGAACUGGACUCAGCAUUUCGAUAGCUUCGACUACAUGAUGUUUUCCAGCGGCGAAUGGUUUGUAAAAUCAACAAUCUAUUUUGAAAACGAUACAGCAUUGGGCUGCCACAACUGCCCCAAAAGGAACUUGACACAGCUCGGGUUCAACUAUGCUUACAGAGAAGUUCUGAGGCACGUCUUCAGCUUCAUCAUAUCAUCAAACCACCGGGGGACGAUCUUCUUCAGGACUUCCACACCGGAUCAUUUCGAGAAUGGUGAGUGGCAUAGCGGAGGGAGCUGCAGAAGAACAGAACCUGCAAAGGAAGGCGAGUUUGAGUUAACCGAGAUCAACAAGAUUCUGCGCCGCAUUGAGCUGCAAGAAUUUGAGAAGGUAUUGGCUAAUGCUGGUGAAAAGGGGGUGAAGCUUAAACUGUUUGAUGUGAACCCGCUUUCGCUGUUGAGGCCCGAUGGUCAUCCCGGUCCUUAUAGAUUCUUCCAACCAUUCGCGAAAGGCAAGAAUGAGAGUGUUGGUAAUGACUGUUUACAUUGGUGUUUGCCUGGGCCAAUAGAUUCCUGGAAUGAUUUGCUAAUGGAGAUGGUUGUCCGUGAUGGGGAGGAUCAGUUUGCUGCUGCCAUUGAUGUUUCUUGAAGCUCAUUAUGCAUUUGCCAUUGUGGAUGACUUCUCUGUUUAUAUAUACUUCUCAUCAUUCAUCAACAUAAACUGGUCUUCAUAUAUUAUUCAUCUUUUCAAUCUAACUUCAUAGAAUGGUAGCAUAAUAUUUUUUGAUGGGUCAAGCAAGGCGUACAAAUGUUUUUUCUCUUUUUGCUUACUCUAAUACUAAAUCAAAAUUUGUCUAUGG